AUGUCGUUUGUGGAUAAUUUCUGGUCGCCUGGGUACGCCAAUGGCCUCGAUGUGCUCUUCACCAAGCUACGGCAGGGCGUUGUUGAAAACAGCGAAAUCCUCGCGCUGGCGGCCACUCGAGCCGAGAUAGAAGAAACAUACGGCCAACGCUUGGCAGACAUACCUACAAACCAUGCACCCAAAAAGAACGGGUUUGCCAAAGACGAUGGUGCCACUUUGAGAACGGCCUUCGGUGGGAUCGUUGCUGAAAUGGGCCGCGAAGGUAAGUUCCAUCUCCAAGUCGCCAAUAAUAUUCGCACAAUGGUUGUAGUUCCUUUCUCCAAGUGGUCCGAAGAACAUGCCAGCCGCGUCGAGUACUCUCAGACACUCCUAAAACGCAAGGUCAAGGAGUACGAACGGGAGCUCGCGGAGGUUCACAAAAGUCAAAAGCGCUAUUUCAACAAGUGCAGGUUGCUCGAGGAUCUAAAGGAUGAAACAGCGGGCCCCGAACCGGCCCCCGACACCUCAAUUAUAAGCACAACCAGUGAAAAUAGAUCACCUUCUCCAGAAGCGUCUCAAUCACCGAAUAUGCCGGGCACUGCCAACACUAGUGUAACAGAAGCCGGCUCAGAGCAGUCGGAGGAGGUGUUGACCUCUGAAGAGUUGGUUCUCAACAAUAGAGUUUACAACUCGGAGCAGGCGCAGCAAUUGAUUGCUCGCAUGCUCAAUGAAAUCCCCCGCAGCAAUGUCAAAGUCUCCAUCUUGGGAACCUAUGAAAAUGUUGCAACUGGUGCAAAUAUCACGGAAUGGAUUCAAGAAAAUGUUGAAGGCUCCAAAUCAACCAGCACCUCUGAGCGGAUUGGUCAAGAACUGAUUGACGCCGGGUUUUUGCGCCUAGUUGGUCAAGUGGGCUCGAAAUUUGCCAAUUCAUCUGUUAUGCAGUACCAAUGGCGGCCUCGCUCGUUUGAGUUUGCUGGUCUUGGCCACGUAUCCAGUGCCCUUGAUUCUUUCAGUGCUGCUACUGAAUCUUGGUCUGAAACGGUUUCCGGAUACCUCAGGCGCUCUGGAAACAAAGAAGAGGAUUAUGAGAGUAUUGAGAAACUAGCUCGUGAAGUUAGAGAACUGGAUCAAAAAUACCGUAAAAAUGUUGCCAUCCUCGACAAUGCUCGCUGCGAGGUUGAGGAACUAAUUGUUGGCCAUUUGCACUUCAUGGAAAGGUGUGAACUGGAUCGGUUGAAGGCUGUCAAAGCGGUGAUGCUGGACUUUUUAGCCGCCCUGUCAAACUCAGUCCCGGCCCUUCAGGCCACUGUCGACAAAGCACUGGUGUACCAGGAGUCGGCUAAUCCGGCCAGUGAUUUGCGAUACAUUGUUGAAAGCUAUCGUACGGGCUCGUUUCUUCCUCCAGUCACGGUUUAUGAUAAUUACUAUUCUUCAGCAGACGGUACUAUUUUCGGUAUGGACCUUGAGCUGCGUUGCCGCGGUGAUCGCAAGCAUGUUCCGUACCUGGUUUCAACCGUUUUGUCUCAUUUGGACCUUAUUUACCCCAAACUCGAGAAUGACGAUGUGCGGGUUGGCUUGUGGCAGGUCUCUGUACCCCUCAAAACCAGCCACGAGCUCCGCCGAGAAAUCAACACAUCGAACCAGUUCGAUCGCUCAAUUCUUACCGCCUAUGAGCCGCCAGUUGUUGCGAGUGUGUUGAAAAUGUAUUUGCUAGAGCUGCCUGAUAGCCUCAUUCCCUCGCGAUACUACGAAGUGCUCAAGGCUAUCUAUGCGCAGUCCCGCAGCGAUAGUCCGGAGGCUCGUCGCACUGCCGUGCAAAAGACUCUGGGCCAAUUGCGGGUUAACAAUAUUGCAACGCUUGAUGCGUUGACUGCUCACCUAAAUCGACUCCUCACCAUCGCCAAAGCCAAGGAAGAGGACAUCGAAAGGAUUGCUAAAGAAGUUGGACGCUGCAUACUGCGACCCAAAUCCGAGUCGCCCCUGACAUUCAGCGACUCAUUCUCCACCCAACUUGUUCGAGACCUUCUUGUUGAUCGAGACCGUCUGUUCAAAGAACUCAAACAGCUGGCCGUCCAGCAGCCCUCCCGCGAGGCUAGUUUUGUCCAACGACGGGACAGCGUUGAGGACCGGGUGGCUCAAAUCACAACUCAACUACGACGUUCCAGCAUUGAAAAAGACGAUGGCAUGAAGAGCCCGGAAACGCCUACCAUGCCGCGAUUCGACGCAUUGCCCACGAACCCAGAGACCGAAGAACUCGAAUCUGUGCAAUUGUCUGAGAAUUAG